AUGAUGGAUAAUUCCACGAGUAUUGCUGCUUCCUCUCCCUUUGAACAAGAAAGGGAUCAAAUUGAUGCAACAUUGGGAUCCUUCCGUUCCAAACGUUAUCAUUCUCUUCGGAAGGAAUUACGAGCCGUUAAGAAAUCUAAAGCCUCUGCUUCCACUUCUCCUUCCUCUAAUCAUCAUCAUCAUUCUCAUCAUCAACAUUAUCAUGAGAAUAGUUUUAAAAGGCAAUCAACGGCAAAUUCUACCUAUUUGGAAUGGAGAAGGUUCUUGUUGGAACAAAAAGGACAAACCUUUGCAUCCGCUCAGUCCAAUCCUUCCAUGAAACUCACCCCACAAGAUAUGCUAAUGGUAUUCGAUGCCAAGAAACAACAAGACCAAAUGAAGCCUCCUCAAUUCUUGUUUUUGUCUGGAGGUUCUACGAAUAUUCCAAAAUCAUCAUCAGCCUCUCAUCGAAGAAGUCAAAGCAAUCGUUUAUCAGAACAUGACAGUUGUGCCUCGUAUCAAUUGGAUUCUCAGUUGGAUUCAAGUCAGAUCAUGAGUGGACAUGAAGACUCGAUAUCUGAUGAAAAUGUGGAAGAUUAUGAAACCAAUUCUCCAUCUGUUCCAAGAACUAAAAUGUCUGAAGUUUAUGAAUUUGUUGGCAUGCAUCACAUCUUUGAACUUGGAAAUGGAUAUGAUGGAAUUGAAGUCACUGUCAUCAAGUUUGCCAAUGACAAUAGGGAUUUAUUGGCAUUUGCUGCCAACGAUGGCACUUUAGCAAUCGCAACAGCGUGGAAAACACCAGAAAUUAUACAUCGUCUGAAAGGACACAAAGAUGCCAUUCUAGAUUUUGAUUGGUCACUUAGUAAUGAAUACAUUUUAACAGUUUCCAAAGAUGCAACAAUACGUAUUUGGAACACAUCUAACGGAAAAUGUAUUAGAGUUAUUGACAAGCAGGGAGCUUGUCGAGCCGUCAAAUUCUUCCCACUUAAUCCAAAUUUCUUUUGUGUUGGAUUCGAAGGAGGAAUUGUCGGAUUGUACAAUUUGAGUACAGGAAAACUUGUAGAAAAGUUGAAAAUUAACAAAUUAUCUGUGGGAAUGGGAAGUUUUGUGAAUAUUAACAUGUCACUUGGAUCGAAUAAUCAUGUGACAUGUUUAACGUUCUCUACACUGGGUAAUCGAAUUUUCAUUGGUGAUGUGAUGGGAUAUCUAUGGAUUUAUGACUUUGAUGCUUCAAAAAUUGCCUUUGGAAAACUCCUCCAAAAAACUAAGGUAUCCCUCAACGGAAAGAGCAUCUCAUCCAUUGAUUAUCAAAUGUGGACAGGAAAUUCUUCAAAAGCUAGCCCCAGAAUUUUAGUUAGUGCCAUGGACAGCUAUGUGCACUUGUAUCAGUAUAGCCAGACGGCAGGUCAAUUUAUAGAAUCCAUUCGAUUCCCCGUCUCGCAGAAAAACCAUCCUGUAAGAAGUCAUUUUUGUCCACUUGUUCCUUAUAUGGCCAGUUCAUGCUUUGUUACAGGAAGUGAAUCAACAGAAAUUUUGUUUUACAGCACCAAGUUUGGUUCCUCUCAUGCGAUCAAUCGUUUGAUGGGACACUCCUCUCCAGUGCUGGACGUGUCGUGGUCCUAUGAUGAGACUCUGUUGGCAAGUUGUGACAGCUCAGGAGUUGUCAUUUUGUGGAAACGAAGACCACUCGAAGAUAAGGAUGCUUAG